AUGCCCACCACCACAAGAAUCAUUUCUGACACCCGGAAUUCAGAUAAAGCAAAAAAAGCCAAAAAUGGAAACACAGAGAAUAUCCCGGCCUACGAACCAAAUAUCCCUGAGCCAAAAUGCAGAGCUGAUCUCAUCAAACACUGGUUUAACCUCUCCCUGGAUGACAAGACAGCCAAUAAGAUGCUGUGGAUCACAGAGGGUGGUGCGAAGGUGGCCCGUAUGACCGAUGAUGCCACUUGUCCCGUCUUGGAUAGACCAGAGAGAUAUGAGUAUGCUCCACAGGUUCUUUGCAAAGAAGGCAUCCUGGGCUUCCGAGGCUACUGGGAGGUAGAGUUUUCAGGAUGGGUCGUGGUGGGGGUCGCCUACGAACGAGCAGGAAGGAGGAACAGCGACGGGUCCUGUGGCCUGGGAGAGAACGAGGAGUCCUGGGGUCUUGGGUGGAGUGGUUCCAGCUAUAAUGCCUGGCACAAAAGCCAGAGUAUAGAGAUCACAGGGAUUCCUAAGUGCUCCAGAAUUGGUAUAUACCUUGACCAGCCUGCUGGUAUCCUUAAUUUCUAUGCUGUGGAGGAGGUGAUGGAGGGAGAAGAGAGCACUGGAGGGAAGGAGGUUCAACUUUUGCAGCAGAUUAAUGGCUCCUUUGAGGAGAAAAUCAUACCAGGUUUCUGGAUAGGGCCACAGUCACACUGUUUGAUCAUAAAGAAUGAGGAAUAA